AUGGGGUCAUGCAUCGUACACAUUUUUCCGAAUGGUGAUGAGAAACUCAUCUCACAUGCAGCCAGACCCUUGACUUCAGCUGAGGCCAGCUAUAGUCAAAUAGAAAGAGAAGCAGCAGCACUCAUCUUUGCCGUUAAGAAAUUUCACAGGAUGAUUUUUGGACCUAAGUUUCUGCUUCUCACCGAUCAUAAGCUUCUACUAGCAAUAUUCGGUAGUAAGAAAGGCAUACCAAUUUACACCGCCAACAGGCUACAGAGGUGGGCGUUAACGUUUAUGAUGUAUGAUUUCGAUAUCAAAUAUAUUUCAACAAAUGAAUUUGGAUUCGUCGAAGUAUUAUCACGUUUAAGCAACACCAAAACAAAUUUGGACGAAGAUAACGUCAUAGCUUCAACAAUAUUUGAAUAUGAUUUUAAAAGUAAUCUGCUUGACACAAUCAACACGCUUCCAAUAAACUUCAAAAUGAUACAACAAGCAACAUCAAAUUGUAAAAUCCUACAAGCAGUCAUCAAGAACCUGGCGUCUAGAUGGAAGUACCCUAUAUCACCACAAAUUUCACCAUAUUAUGCCAGGAGAGAAGGAUUAGCUGCCGUCGAUGGAUGCAUAAUGUUUAAAGACUGCAUAAUCAUAUCAGCGUGUUUUCAAAAGAGAAUUUUGCGACAACUUCAUCGAGGUCAUCCGGGUAUUGACAAAAUGAAAACCGUUGCAAGAUGUCAUGUAUAUUGGCCAGUAAUCGACGAAGACAUUACAUCAUUUGUGCAUCAAUGCCAUGCCUGUGCCAGUGCAGCAGUCUCCUGA